GGAAGAAAACCCAACCCAGCAGGAAGCAGAAGGUCCUCCUCUGUCUGUCUGAGUCCCCCACCCCCUCCAGAAGAGACCUGUCUUCCCCCUCCCCAGCCUGUGCCGUGGAGAGGGGGCGACCCCCGAGAAGAGACCAGGAGAGGAGGCGCGGAGUGUCAGAGACACCGGGAGGGGAGCCAGGCCCCAAGAUGGCGUCGGACCUGGGUAGCAGCCUGACCUCCAUAGACUGGCUCCCGCAGCUGACCAUCCAAGCUGCUAUGAAAGGGUCCCAAGGGGGCACAGGAGGACGAAAAGGACCUGGAUCUCCCACUGACCCCAACGCCAUGCUAACCAAGGAGGAGGCGGCUGCCCACCGAGAUGGGAAACCCCCUUACAGCUACGCCAAUCUCAUCCAGUACGCAAUAAACUCUGCACCUGCCAGACGCAUGACCCUGAGUGAGAUCUACCGCUGGAUCUGCGACAACUUCCCGUAUUACCGCAACGCCGGUGUGGGAUGGAAGAACUCGAUCCGUCACAACCUGUCGUUAAACAAAUGUUUCCGGAAAGUACCGCGUCCCAGAGACGACCCUGGAAAGGGAUCUUAUUGGAUGAUUGACAGCUGCCCAAAAGAAGAUGUUACCCUGCCCCGCAGGAAGAGGCCGCACCCAGACGACGAGCUCUCCCAGGACUCCACCGAACAGGAGGUCAACAAGAGCCCCUUGAGUACCACCAGUGACGUGUCUUUAACCACAGAAAACACACAAGGACAUCAUAUGGAGAAUAACUCCCCUCUCCCCAGCUACAGCCAGGCAGCCCCAACUCACAUGCCGCCAGACUCCAGGGCGUCUUCAUACAACAACGACUGCUACAAGUUUUCCUUCUCGGAGAUCCCAGACCUCAGCUGUUCUUUCCGCAGUCUGUACCGUACAUUGCAGGGUAAACAGGGACUCUCGCCUCUCCCGACGGAUGUCCAGCCGCCGCAGUCAUCCAGUUGCUGCAUGUACCAACAGAAUUCGGGGGAGUCGUCCUCGCUGCACCCCCACAGUGUCCCCAACAUUAACCCCUCUUCUUCUCAUCAUCAAAGUCAUCACCAGCCGCAACCCUCCUAUUUACCCUCCCAGCAAAUGCCCAGGCCUCCCACUGCCGGGAUGUCUCUAGGGCUCCCGAGCGACUGGUGCUCCAACAUAGACUCUCUAAAGGAGAGCUUCAAGAUUGUCAGUAAUCUGGACUGGUCAACCGUGGAUCUGUCCCAGUUCUCAGACCUUAUGGAGAGCCUACGUCAGGCGGAGCUGAAGAACUGGAGUCUGGAUCAGCAUCACAUCGCCAGCCUCUGUGACUCCUUAAGUCAUCUGCUAAGUCACACAGGACUCCUGCCACCCACACAUGGGCAAUCCUCUUCCUGCCAGGCCCCAUGUCUGCCGACCACCACCAGCAGUGCCUGUGCACUCCAAGGGGGAAAGCCUGGGUACACCAUGGCAGUAACCUCCUAUGGGCAGAACCAGCCAACCUCAUCUCCCUGUGGUCACAAUUUCACUGCACCACCUGGAUAUCCCAUCCAAAGCCAAGCGCCCCCAACCUACAGCCAGCAAGGACGCCACCCCCAACGCCCUUUGUACCCUCCCGCGCGCCCGGCGCUCCGUUACCCGCACAGCAGCGAUGAAAUACAAGACGACUUUGACUGGGACUCUAUUGCUUAGAAACUCUGCACACCCACCCACCCCCUGGAGGAAAUGAAAAGAAAUAUAGGAGGGUACAACACCCCCUCCAAGUGUAUAGAUAUAUAUAUAAAUAUAUAAAUGUAUAUCUUCGCCUGACAAUCAGGGACAACAUGCCCCUCUCACCGGACAGGAGGAGAUAACUAAAGAAACGAGCACCCCUCCCCAUGCACAGCCCUUUCCUCCUCUCCCUGUGGCACUGAUGAAGGAAAGCGGACAGUGAUUCCUCUGCCUAUACGGAAGCGAUACCUCUAAUCUCCCAGUGCCAAGGAUACCAGUGCUAACACGGGGGAGGGCAUUCGGUGUACGUGGUGAGAGAAAGGCCUAAUCUAUUUAUGAGUACACGGAUUGCACAGCACAAAGUGUUAGCGGGCAUUUGCAGCCGCCUUGGAUUUGUGAGAUUACAAGGACGAUCUCUCCCCCUCCCCCUCAUCCAAGCUUCUGAACAGACCUGAAGAUUGGAAAAUAGCUCUUAGCAGCCCAGGCUCAUAGCUCAUCCACCUUCACCUGUGGUGUCUUUUUAUGCUGACACAAUCUGUUGUAUUUCCAAUACUGUACUGGUAUUUGGUGUAUACAACAUUGGGGUCCUACAGUGCCAGGAGCGGGGUAAAGGCCUGCAGACCACACACCGCUACUGUGACCUACAUUACAGCCCUCAGUUGGAUGGCAAAAAGAUUAGUACAAUAAUGGUGAUAAAGUGUGAAACCCCCCCCCCCCCAGUCAGGAUCCAAGUGACAGAGGUGUACUCAUGUUGAGUAGACUACCAGUCAGUAUCCUGAUGACAGAGAGGUGUAGGGCCACUAGUCAUUCACUAUCCUGACAGAGAGGUGUAGGGCCACUAGUCAUUCACUAUCCUGACAGAGAGGUGUAGGGCCACUAGUCAUUCACUAUCCUGACAGAGAGGUGUAGGCCAUCAGUCUGGCAAUAGCCUGAUGACCGAGAAGUGUAGUCCAGUCAGUCUGUAUCUCAAGUUGAUGAUAUGAGAAAGGUACUAGUCAGUCAGUAUCCUGAUGACCGAGAGGUGUGAGCCAUUGGUCAGUCACUAUCCUGACAGAUGUGUAGGCUGUCAGUUACUAUCCUGACAGAGAGGUGUAGGCCAGUCAGUAUCCUGAUGACCAAGAAGUGUAGUCCAGUCGUCAGUCUGUAUCUCAAGUUGAUGAUACGAGAAAGGUACUAGUCAGUCAGUCAGUAUCCAGACAACAAAGACGUGUAGGCCAGCAGUCAGUAAGUAUCCUGACAGAGAGGUGUAGACCAUCAAUCAGUAUCCUGAUGAGGUGUAGGGCCACCAGUCAGUCACUUUCCUGACAGAGAGGUGUAGGCCAUCAGUCAGUCAGUAUCCUGAUGACAGAGAGGUGUAGGGCCACCAGUCAGUCAGUAACCUGAUGACAAAGCGAGUGUAGACCAUCAGUGUAUAAGCUUCCGUGAACUAGUUCGUUUCCAGUGGAAAAGAGAUAGAGGUCACCAAUAUUCAGGUUAUGGAGAACUCUAUCCUGUCCACUGAUCCGUGACCUGGUGCUAGAUACUUAGACAGAACUCAUGAGCUAAUGGCCUGGUGUCAUACAAUGUGCAAUACUGGUCAGUCCAAGUCCUGGUGCCAUAAGUACACAACACUGGUCCGAAGUUGUCCGUUGUGUACAGUCCUUGUCAUCUGUGGAUCUAAUAUCUUCAGUAUAGAGAGAUUCUUAGCAUUGGGUUAGUGAAUGUCCUGCUGAUGAAGGUUUGGUGGCCUCUGAGAUGGAGCACUGGUAACUUAGUGUCCUGGAUAUAAGAGGUUGGCCAGGCAGGGUCCAGGUGCUAGGUUUGUAAUGUAUGGGUGAGUGAACUCCCGGUGAGAAAGGGGUGUAUUGUGCCAGUAUAUGUGUGUCUUUGUGAUAGAUGUACAGUAUUGGUCAGUGUGUGCUGGUGAAACCGUGGUGGUCAGUGUAUGUAGUUAUUAUCAGUCCAUACACUGGUAUGUCAUUGCUGGACAGUCAGUUUUCUUGUGUGAGUGCUAGUCUGGUGACAACAGGUUGCACAUUGCUCAUUGAUAAAGUUGUGUUCAAUACCCAUCAGUCAUCUGUAAUAAGGAAUAUAAAAGGGUUGGUCCAUCAGCGUUACAUCUGGUAGAAUGGUGUCUCCCGGUGAUAUUGGAUGUUACGUGUUGUUCAGUGUCCGUCGCGUCUACUCCUGCCAAGUUCUCUGCCAACUGCUCAGUGUCGCCAGGAGUGGUUCUAGAAGCCACCUUUAUAAGCCUCCAUUUUCUAGCCAGAAACCCAUUCCAACCAUCCACAAACACCACAAUGACUCUGCAUAGACCACGCACUUCAUUUAUGUAGCCCGUUUAUAUCUCCUGGCCACCAAACUGCGUUGUUGGACCAUCUGGCCGUGUUUGAACACCCCCAUGUGUUGGCCACCACAAAAUCAUUUGCCGUCCUUUACCCUGGUCUUUGCAGUCGCACUCAGCGAAACGCGAUGAGGAGGAGCUCCAUAUGGAAACUGUGGUUAAGAAGCUGGGAUUGUAAAAUAUGGACGCAACAGAAGCCAUCUUUACUGUGUAACACCCUCUUAUUUGUCUGUUCAGAGUCAGGCUCAUUGGACGCUUAUUAAACACAUCAGCAGAAAGUG